AUGGAUGGGGAUUGGGAGAUGGUUCAUGGCUCCGACACCGAAUCAACUGAUUCAAUCACAUCGGACAAGAUAUCGGAGAGUUCAAGCGUAAUCGACAACGGUUUGAUUCUCUCUGAUCAUUUCUCUGUCAUCGAAGCAUCUGGUGAGACCACUGAUCGGAGCGAAAACGGUGAUUCUUUCCGGAUCGGUUCGAGUGAUGUUUAUCGAUCGGACGAUGAUGGUGUCAGAAAUGAAUCAGGGUUUAAUGAUUUCUCUGGUGGGACUGAAAUUUCUGGCGAUGGUGGUGAGGUCAGGGAGAGUGAUUUUGAUGAGAAGCACCCCGAGAUCGAGGCUGUUGCUGAACUAGUUGGUGGAAUUGAGGAUGCAAGCAAGUGUUUGUCCGAAUCAGACGUCCUCGAAGAACCUAUUGAGGAUUCGAGCAAGUGUUUCUCUGAUUCUGAGGGAAAUGAACAGGUUUCUGGAGAUUCUGGGGUUGUGAAUGAUGAAGAGGAGAUUGCUUCUGAUGAUGGAGUUGUUGCAUCUACUACUGAGGACUCUCAGGGAAGUGGAGAGAAUAUUGUAAAUUGUGGUGAAGAGAGUAAAAGUAGAGAGACUGUGUGGUGGAAGAUGCCAUUUGUGCUUCUCAAGUACUCUGCAUUUAGGAUUGGUCCUGUUUGGUCUGUCUCUAUGGCUGCAGCUGUGAUGGGUUUUGUUCUCUUGGGUCGCAGGCUGUACAAUAUGAAAAAGAAAGCUCAAAGGUUCAAUCUUAGAGUUACAAUCGAUGAAAAGAAGGUGUCACGGGUGAUGAGUCAGGCAGCUCGACUCAAUGAAGUGUUCACUGAGGUAAGAAGGGUCCCUGUGAUCCGCCCUGCUCUGCCAUCUCCUGGCGCAUGGCCGGCUUUAAGCCUUAGAUGA